GUUUCUGGGGAUGGCGCCGAAUCUAUUGUUACUGGUGGAGGAAUAUCAACAAACAAUCAGCAUCGACCUCCGCCUCUUCCAAUAAAAGAAGGAGAAGAAACCGAAGAAGCCCUUGCUGACACAAAGCGCACUCUUUUUGGAGCCUGGCAUGCUGAAGCUGCUGCUAGCGGAGGUCGCAUCGUCGUUCAUCAGACAUGGCAGAAAGACAGUCCUGCCGUCAUAAGAUAUUCAUAUAAUCGAUCGAAUCAGUUGUAUCUUCAACAGCAACAGGCUUCCGAAUCCAUACAGACGGCAUUGAAGUCUCCCUCUCCUACUUCGAGUAGGAUACUUGAGCAAUUCGAAAUGAGAUAUGAACCUGAAUUGAAGGUUUUUGAGGUACCUGAAGAACUCUGCACUUCUCCAUCAGCCCUCAGCCUUCUAGAGAGCGAUGAAUCCGAAGAGGAUGAUCUUGUUUUGCCACAGGCCGUCAUAUCUUCUUGUCCUGCUAGUUCUAGUGCUGCCUUGACUAUCUUUAAUCAAGCUGGUCAGAAAUCAUGCCCCAUAGCAGCUACUGUUUCAUCUUGUGAUACCACAGCUGGGUAUGCACAUUACUUGCACGAUAUGACUGGUGCUCAAACACCCGGUCUCUUGGGAGAGGUUUCGGUGGCUUCAUUUAUCGCGCCGCCUUUACUUGAAUAA